AUGAAGUUAAAAUCUCUUUCUUUCUCUUUCACUUUUCAGGAGCUACACACAAACAUUGUCCUGGACGAUGCCAAAGGAAAGACAUUACCUGCCGUUGAAGUCUUUGCCAAGUCUUUGUGGUUCAUGAAGACCCAUUUUUUGAGGGCUGUUUCUGCUCACCUCGGUUAUGAGCCGCAUCCACAAGCCGUGCGCUGGGUGCUUACAGUUCCAGCCAUUUGGGAUGACAAUGCAAAACAGUUCAUGCGUGAAGCUGCUUUUCAGGGUGGCCUAAUCACUAGUAAACAAAGUGACCAGUUGUUGAUAGCCUUGGAACCGGAAGCUGCCUCACUCCACUGCCGGAAAUUGCCCGGAAGCACAUUUGUUGGUUGUUCCCAACCGGAAGGGAACAAACCUACAUUUGAACCAGGGACUAAAUAUCUAGUUGUCGACGCCGGAGGUGGUACUAUAGAUGUCGUAGCUCACAAGGUACGCAAAGACGGCCGCAUUCGAGAGUUGUUCCGUGCCACAGGAGGCGCCUGGGGUGGAACAGUGAUCGACAGACAGUUUCUCAACCUAAUGGUAAUCAUUUUUGGCGAAGAGUUCAUGAACGACUUCCAGACGCAGCACCCGAAAGAUUACGUAGAACUUCUGCAGGAUUUCGAGGUUAAAAAACGUGGGGAAGGCGAGAGCAUCCGAGUAUCGUUACCUUAUAACUUCUGUCAUUUUAAAUUCGACGGCAAAAGCGUCCAAGAAGUGAUCAAGGCAUACGCAGCCGAGUCGAACAACGAGGUGAAAUUCUCCGGCGGCAAGUUGGUCCUAUCGCCGGACAAGGUCAAUUCGCUUUUCAAAGAUGCCCACCAGCAGAUUAACGAUCACGUUGAGUCCCUGUUGCAGCGUACUAAACUGAAGGACACAAAGUAUAUCUUUCUGGUCGGCGGUUUCGCCGAGUCGGUGCGACUGCAACGGUCGAUCAAGGAUCAGUUUGGUGAUCGUGUCACUGUUUUAAUUCCGGAAGAGGCAAGUCUGGCAGUGGUCCGUGGAGCAGUUGCAUUUGGCCAUGACCCAAGCACCAUCUGCCAGCGAAUCUGUCGCUACACGUACGGCGUUGGAUCGUAUUUGCCAUUUGAAGAAGGAAGCCAUCGUGAAGACCUGAAAGUGGUGUCUGAAGAUAUGGUGCUUUGCAAGAACAUAUUUCAAGUGUGGGCCGAGGCUGGCGAAGUGAUUGGGAUCAACGAGGUCUGGCGUGAGACUUACACGCCAAUUAUAACAAACCAGCGAGGAAUCAUGUUCGAAUUUUUCAAAUCUCUUAAACGGAACGUGAAAUACGUGGACGAGGAGAAUGUGGAGAAGUGUGGGUGCCUGGUGGUCGAAAUGCCUGACCUAACUGGGGAUAAAAGCCGUGCCGUGGACCUUGAAGUAACCUUCGGUGGGACAGAAAUCAAAGUGGUCGGUUACGAUCAUACGAGCCAUACCCGCCGAGAAACGUACAUUGAUUUUCUUUCAAUGUGA